AUGACAGGGACCCACUGCACCAUUGACGCGGUCGCAAAGUUGCAAAAGGGACACCCCGAGAAGCUGGCCGUCUUGAGCGGUAUUGCGAGCACGACGAUAGAUAUAUCGGAGGCAGCCUUCAAACAUGGAGAAUGGAAGGCAGAGCUAAUGCUCUUCGCACUUGGAGCGCAGAUAUCCCGUGCUCACGUCGCUGCUGUCCAACUCGUUGAUGACGACGCACUGCCGCAAGAGUUUCACUACAACUUGCUUGACAGGAAUAUUCUCUGGGCACUUGUUGACAAGACCGAGUGGUUCCAGACGCCGGAGCUGGGCGGGAAAUAUGAACAGCGCACAACCAUCGCGUUUGAAGACGGUGAAGUUAUGGACGACCGGCAAAGAGACGAGAUCGAGAGGCUGGCGCUGGACAUUGAAAAUGUUAGUGCAUCACAGGGAAUCUUGGCUGGGUGA